CGGGCCGGGGGCCGCGGCAGCGGCCGCCCCUGCCCAGGCACCGCCCUGCCCUCGGCACGCCCUGCCCCGCGCCCGCUCCCCCGGCGCCUCCUCUCGGUGCUUCAGAACGGGGACGGGCCGCAGCUUUCUCCUCUCCCGUACCCUUUCCUCUCCCUCUCCGCUCCUUUCUGUCGCUCUCUUCACCUGAUGUUCGGAUUGCUUGUUAACCGAAGUACUGAAAGGCAAAACCCAGUUCUUCAGUAUCUGAGGAUGGAUAAAGACUUCCGCUACUACUUCCAGCACCCGUGGUCUCGCUUAGUUGUGGCUUACUUAGUGAUCUUCUUUAACUUCUUAAUAUUUGCUGAGGACCCAGUAUCUCACAGCCAGACAGAAGCCAAUGUUAUUGUUGUUGGUAAUUGUUUCUCCUUUGUAACAAAUAAAUACCCUGAAGGAGGAGGCUGGAGAUUUUUGAAGGUGUUUCUGUGGCUCCUUGCCAUUCUCACAGGACUGAUAGCUGGGAAAUUCCUCUUCCAUCAGCGCUUGUUUGGUCAGUUGCUCCGUCUGAAAAUGUUUCGAGAGGACCAUGGGUCUUGGAUGACGAUGUUCUUCAGUACCAUCCUCUUCCUCUUCAUAUUUUCUCACAUUUAUAACCUGUUCCUCAUUAUGGCAGGGAAUAUGAGUGCAUACAUUAUAACAGACUUCAUGGGCAUGAGGAAUGAAAAUUUUAUGAAGGUAGCUGCAGUUGGGACUUGGAUGGGAGAUUUUGUCACAGCGUGGAUGGUCACAGAUAUGAUGCUUCAGGAUAAACCCUACCCAGACUGGGGAAAGUCUGCCAGAGCUUUCUGGAAGAAAGGAAACAUUAGGAUCAUUUUAUUCUGGACGGUUCUGUUUACUCUGACCUCUGUAGUUGUGCUUGUCAUCACUACUGACUGGAUCAGCUGGGACAAGCUGAAUCGUGGAUUUCUGCCAAGUGAUGAGGUCUCAAGAGCCUUCUUGGCUUCUUUCAUCUUGGUGUUUGACCUUCUUAUUGUCAUGCAGGACUGGGAGUUUCCACAUUUUAUGGGUGAUGUUGAAGUGAAUCUUCCAGGCUUGCCCUCAGCACACAUGCAAUUCAGAGUACCUUAUUUCCAAAAGAUACUGAAAGAGGAAUAUCACAUACAUAUAACAGGCAAAUGGUUUAACUAUGGAAUUAUCUUCCUUGUUUUAAUCUUGGAUCUGAAUAUGUGGAAGAACCAGAUAUUUUACAAACCUCAUGAAUAUGGUCAAUAUAUCGGUCCUGGACAGAAGAUCUACACAGUGAAGGACUCAGAGAGCUUGAGAGACCUUAAUAGAACGAAGUUAUCUUGGGAGUGGAGAUCCAAUAACACUAACCCAUUGACGAACCGGACCUAUGCCGAAGGGGACAUGUUCUUGCACAGCAGGUUCACAGGCUCUAGCCUUGAUGUCAAAUGCCUGGCUUUUAUUCCAAGUUUGCUGGCUUUUGCUUUGUUUGGUUUCUUCAUCUGGUUCUUUGGGCGAUUUCAGAAAACUGACCAAGGCAUGGAGAAUUUAGACAAAUCAUACACAAGAAUGAAACGAAAGUCACCAUCAGAUAUGGGAAUGACACGAGAAAAUACACAGGUGUUAGAAGAACCAUUGAAUUUUCAAGAACCACAUCUGGUAUCCAUAAAAUCAGACUUAAGCGAAAUUGUUUUUAAUUCUUCCCUUCUAACUUCUGAAAACUUGAACACACAACUCAAUGAACAAGACAGCCCUUUACAGCCAGUACCAGAGUCCUCUGUCCCUAAGAAUAAUCCUGUGACAUAGAGGAAAAUACCCAGGAAAAUCAGUUUAAAUUAGCAGUUACUCUAAGAUUUCAGUUUUACCUUUUGUAAGUUAAGAUUUACAUAGUGUUUAGAAUAAGAAACUCAGCCUAUACCAAGAGGUGCUCAGCAUGCUUUUUCUAGGAAUUUUGGUUUUUAUUUGUAUUAUAGUACGUGCCUAUUGUAUAUCUAACAUUCCUUUAUAGAUUGCUUCCCAAAAUUGCACAAGCUAUUUAUUAAUACAUUACCUUAACUGUAUAAUAGUGUAUUAGAUGAUUACUUGCAGGUAUAAAAUUCUACCGUGGUGGUGCCUUGAGACAUUAAACUGUUUUUUAACUCAACAAGAGGUGUAUAGCACAGUUUUUCUCAUCUGUUUUGCAAAGCUUUUUGUAUAUGCUUGUUUCAAGUGUCAUUUGAUACCUUGACAGAGGAGAUAAAUAUAGUUAUUCCUAAAGGUUUUCUGUUAGAUUACCACAACUUGACUUUGUUACUUAGUCAUCUGUGAAGUCAAAGAUUUUGAUGACCAGACUGCAAAGAAGCAUGUUGAUUACCUUUUAAUUUUUCUGGCUAGCUGCCAAACACAAAUACAGAUUUAUUGUGCAGUAAACAGCAGAGACAUAAUACAGCAUGGGUCACUAGUUGUGAAAAUAUGCGUUUCUCCAUCAGUAAUAGCAAUUAAGUGAUAAUGCCUAAUUAUGUUUUUUUUAAUUAAAGAUAAACUGCUCCUUGAUUUAAAGUUUGCCCUUCACCUUUUAGAAACAGAGGUGAAAAUACAUGGUUGAAGCAACUCUUUCCAUCAUCCCACCAACCCCAUGCAGCAUCAAAGAGCCAAUGGAGUGAUUACAGUAAAGGACACAGAGCCCAUUAAAUCCAGUAUUUUUGCAAAUCUGCAUAUCUGCAUAUCUGCAAGUGCAGAUAUGCUCUGGGUAUAUGUGAAACAUACAUAGGAACAUACUGCUUAUAGUCUAAUUUCUCCAAAUACUGAAGAAAUGUUGAAGGUUUUUAAUUAAAAUAAAUUAAUAGUUUAAUUUUACCAUGCCUUUUUUUUUUUUUUUUGUCCUUCAUUUGUUAUCCAUGACUAUUCCUAACUUGGAAUCAGAAAUAGAGGGAAACUGGGCUUUUUGCUUUUUUGAAGGGGACUUCGUAAUGUGAAUGUCUCUGCUGUAUGAACAAACUAUAUGCAUCAGAGAAACUGCAUAUCUAAAAUAUCAAAAAUACUCUGAUUUGCCUCUAAUUCAGUCUAUAAAAUUUUUGUUAAAAGUUACCCAAUUAUAAGUCAUUUUUAAGACGGAAUUAUUUCCCUGUCACUUUCUGGUGUUGCUGUAUUUUGUCUUUGUGACUUUUUAAUCUCUGUUGGUUUUGAUCUGUUUGCUUUUAAGUUUUCAGAAUGCUGAAUUUAGCAUGCAGAAUAGAACUAUGAAUUUAUUAACUGUCAUUUGAGAGCCAAUUUUAAUAAACAUCAUUCAACAAUUGUUUAUUAUGAGGCCGUAACACACUCUGUCAGUUUUGCAAUUUUUCAAAACAUUUUACCCAUGCAUUGCCCUAUUUCAAUUGAUAAGUAUUUCUGACACUAAAAAAGAGAGACAGCAUCACAGUGAUGUCAAAAUCUAAUAUUUUGUUUAUGAAAUAUUUAA